ACAAACAUGAAUGAGCGAGGUGUGUGCAAUUCAGCAGGGUGCAGGGAGCUGUAUAGCUAGUCCCAUACGUAUAGUAACACUGGGACCAGAGCAGCUUUGUGGUAACUUUACAGCCCAGUAAUGAAACACGGAUACAAUGGCAUCAUGAUAAAAGCUGAAUGAGCCCCCUUACCUAUCCCCAUCUUUUGUAUUGUAAGUGAUGAUGACUGCAAGAAAACUCAUACCUGCUGAAAUUAGAUCAACUUCUGAAGAAAGUCAUCAGCCCAGACCUAUACCGGGAUACCCUCACUGAGGCACCAUGCAUUCCAGAACCUACUUAUUAUUAGAGAGAGAAUAUCAGGAGCUGCAGGAGGCUCGGCUAUAUGGAAUCUCUGUAAUGCCAGCUACCGACAACUACCUACAGUGGAUAGCCAAAGUGCAGGGAUUGAAAGACUCACUUUGGGAAGGGGCUGUUCUGCAGCUUAACAUGACAUACACAGAAGAAUAUAACUAUCACCCUCCAAGCAUAAUAUUUAAUACCAUCCCAUUCCACCCGAAUGUUGAUCAGAUAACUGGAAAACCUUGCAUAGAUUUCCUGGAUAACCCGGCAGCCUGGAAUCCGCAUUUCACAAUGAGUUAUAUAUUACUAGUGAUCCAGUCCAUGCUCUCCAAUCCCGUGACGGAAAAAGCCAUUAACCUGGAGGCAGCUGACAUGCUAAUGAAUAAUCCAGCCUUGUACAGACGGGUGAUUGUGGACUGUGUAAAGAUCAGCAGGCAGAUUGAGGCUGGCUCAGCACAAGACUGCACCACGUCACCCAGGACACCCACCCCCGACUCGGCACCUGUGCAAAGGAGGAUAAAGCCCGUCUCCUUUGAAGAUUAUCACAGAAACUGGAGUGAAAUUGCUACAUCAAAAUCUACACAAGAUCUCAGAGCUAAGCCAGGAUUGAAAGAACCGGAACCAAGAGCAUUAUACAGGGAAGAUGACGAGAUAAGGAAUGGUAACCGCCUACGCAACAUCGUUUUCUAUGGCCUCGUUGGGAACAAUACAAGAACAAUCCCUACGAAACAUGUGGAGAGAAAGGAUGAUGCUGGUAGCUGUGUGCUCUGCAGACUGUCAGAGAGCUUCAGUUUGGAAUACGCAGACCAUAUAGCGCAUACAGAACCGGAUCCUGAGAAAGGGUCGUAUUAUCACACAGAGCCUGUGACUUCAUACCGGGGAUCCACAUGCGGGGGAGAACCGCAGGAGGAGGAAGUGGACAAUUUGGUGUCCUGGGCUGACACCCUCAGUGCUGAACUACUGGAAGACUGAGCGGACGUUGUAUUGCCCAGACGGACCCGCUCGCUCAGCACAGACCUGGGAGCUGUAACCCACAGACCAGCUGCAAUAAUUACUCUUAUACAGAACACAGCCAACACUUCUAUAUUCCUGUAUAGUGCAUGUAAUUCUCAGUAUAUGUCCCUGAGAGCUGCACCACGGCACCUCUAUAAUAUUGUAUACUGGAUGUAAUUAUAAGUAUACGGUAUUACAGAAGUGCUCCCUAUAUUAUAUCAUGGUUACUGUGAUGCUCUUGUCUUUUAUGGUCGUAACGGCAAUGCUCUAUGCAUUAUAUGGUGGCCACUACAAUGCUCUCCAUGUUAUUUGGCCAUCAAUGCGAUGAUGUCUGUGUUAUCUGGCUUUCACUGCGAUGCUCUCUGUAUUAUCUGGCUUUCACUGCGAUGCUCUCUGUAUUAUCUGGCUGUCACUGCGAUGCUCUUUGUAUUAUCUGGCCAUCAUUUCGAUGCUCUCUGUAUUAUCUGGCCAUCAUUGCGAUGCUCUCUGUAUUAUCUGGCUGUCACUGCGAUGCUCUUUGUAUUAUCUGGCCAUCAUUUCGAUGCUCUCUGUAUUAUCUGGCCAUCAUUGCGAUGCUCUCUGUAUUAUCUGGCCAUCAUUGCGCUGCUCUCUGUAUUAUCUGGCCAUCGUUUCGAUGCUCUCUGUAUUAUCUGGCCAUCAUUUCGAUGCUCUCUGUAUUAUCUGGCCAUCAUUGCAAUGCUCUUUGUAUUAUCUGCCCAUCAUUGCGAUGCUCUCUGUAUUAUCUGGCCAUCAUUGUGAUGCUCUCUGUAUUAUCUGCCCAUCAUUGCGAUGAUGUCUGUAUUAUCUGGCUGCUACUGCGAUGCACUCUGUAUUAUCUGGCCAUCAUUGCAAUGCUCUCUGUAUGAUCUGGCCAUCAUUGCGAUGAUGUCUGUGUUAUCUGGCCAUCAUUGCGAUGAUGUCUGUAUUAUCUGGCCAUCAUUGCGAUGCUCUCUGUAUUAUCUGGCCAUCAUUGUGAUGCUCUCUGUAUUAUCUGGCCAUCAUUGUGAUGCUUUCUGUAUUAUCUGGCUGUCACUGUAUUAUUUAGAGGUCACUGAGAUGUUCCCUGUAUUAUAUGGGGAUCACUGAUGCUCUCUGGUUUAUAUGGUGCUCAAUAUAAUAUUCUCUGCAUUA